GUGAUGGUGAUGACGAGGUGAAAAUGGCGGAUCUUUCGAAAUACAAUCCCAGCCCCUGACAUACCAGAGGCGGCGGCAGCGGUGGCGUAGCCACCCGGGCUCCCUCCUCGGCCGCGGGGUCCCCAGUAGCGCCGCACUUCGGGCAAACUGGGAAAGGAAACAGCUGGCCAGAGCUACCGUGCACAGGCAAAACAAGCACCGCCCGGGCUUGGAAUUGCUCGGGACCUUCUGGAGCCCCCACCUCAGCGCCAGAGGGAGGAGAAAGCAGCAGCCGCUGGAGCGCCUGAUCAACUUUCUAGCAGGAGAACGAUCAUGGAGGUGGUGCCAGCUGAGGUGAAUAGUUUGCUUCCAGAGGAGAUAAUGGACACUGGUAUAACUUUAGUGGAUGAUGAUAGUAUUGAGGCUGUUAUUGUUUCAUCCCCAAUUCCCAUGGAGACAGAACUGGAAGAAAUUGUCAACAUAAAUUCUACUGGUGACUCUACAGCCACGCCCAUUUCCACGGAACCAAUCACAGUGUACAGUAACCACACUAACCAAGUUGCAGUGAACACCACAAUUACUAAAGCAGAUUCUAAUACCACAGUGAAACCAGCUUUUCCAAGUGGCCUUCAAAAACUUGGUGCUCAGACUCCUGUGACAAUAUCAGCCAAUCAGAUUAUUUUAAACAAAGUAUCACAGACAUCUGAUCUUAAACUUGGCAAUCAGACCCUUAAACCAGAUGGACAGAAGUUAAUUUUAACAACUUUGAGCAAGUCUGGUUCACCAAUUGUUUUAGCACUACCCCAUAGCCAACUACCCCAGGCUCAGAAAGUCACAACUCAGGCCCAGUCAGGAGAUGCUAAGUUACCACCGCAGCAAAUUAAAGUAGUUACCAUUGGAGGGAGGCCAGAGGUGAAACCUGUCAUUGGUGUCUCAGCAUUGACCCCAGGAAAUCAACUGAUUAAUACUACAACUCAGCCCUCUGUGUUACAGACCCAACAGUUAAAAACAGUACAGAUUGCUAAGAAGCCUCGAACACCAACCUCUGGUCCAGUAAUCACGAAGCUGAUCUUUGCAAAACCAAUUAAUAGUAAAGCAGUUACAGGACAGACAACUCAAGUAUCACCACCAGUCAUUACAGGUAGGGUUCUUUCACAGUCUACUCCUGGGACUCCAUCAAAGACUAUAACAAUAUCUGAAAGUGGUGUUAUUGGAUCAACUUUAAAUUCUACAACACAGACACCAAAUAAAAUAGCCAUCUCACCUUUGAAAUCGCCAAAUAAGGCAGUGAAAUCAGCUGUGCAGACCAUCACUGUUGGAGGCGUGAGCACAUCACAAUUUAAGACAAUUAUUCCGCUGGCAACUGCUCCCAACGUCCAACAGAUCCAAGUGCCUGGAAGCAAGUUUCAUUAUGUCCGACUUGUUACUGCCACAACAGCCAGUAGCUCAGCUCAGCCAGCCAAUCAGAAUCCCAGUACAAACACUCAGCCUCUACAGCAAGCAAAGCCUGUGGUCGUUAAUACCACUCCAGUGCGGAUGUCAGUUCCACUUGUCCCAGCACAGACUGUCAAACAAGUUGUUCCAAAACCAAUCAACCCAACUUCACAAAUAGUUACUACUAGCCAGCCACAGCAACGGCUCAUCAUGCCUGCUACCCCACUGCCACAGAUCCAGCCAAACCUCACUAACUUGCCACCAGGCACUGUGCUGGCCCCGGCUCCAGGGACAGGAAAUGUGGGUUACGCAGUGCUUCCAGCUCAGUACGUUACUCAGCUGCAGCAGUCUUCAUAUGUGUCUAUAGCAAGCAACUCUAACUUUACUGGAACAUCAGGAAUCCAGACUCAGGCAAGGCUUCCAUUCAAUGGCAUAAUCCCAUCAGAGUCAGCCAGUCGGCCCAGAAAGCCCUGUAAUUGUACAAAAUCCCUGUGUUUGAAACUGUAUUGUGACUGCUUUGCAAAUGGUGAAUUUUGCAACAACUGUAAUUGUACUAAUUGUUAUAAUAAUUUGGAACAUGAAAAUGAAAGGCAAAAAGCAAUAAAGGCAUGCCUUGACAGAAAUCCAGAAGCUUUUAAGCCUAAGAUAGGGAAAGGAAAGGAGGGAGAAUCAGACCGACGUCACAGCAAAGGAUGUAAUUGCAAACGAUCAGGAUGUCUUAAAAACUACUGUGAAUGCUAUGAGGCAAAAAUAAUGUGUUCCUCAAUAUGCAAAUGUAUUGGCUGUAAGAAUUUUGAAGAAAGCCCGGAAAGAAAGACAUUAAUGCACUUGGCAGAUGCAGCCGAAGUAAGGGUACAGCAACAAACGGCAGCAAAGACUAAGUUAUCCUCUCAAAUUUCGGACUUGCUUACUAGGCCAACACCAGCUUUGAAUAGCGGAGGGGGAAAAUUGCCAUUUACAUUUGUAACUAAGGAAGUAGCUGAAGCCACGUGUAAUUGCCUUCUUGCCCAGGCAGAGCAGGCAGACAAGAAGGGAAAAUCAAAAGCAGCAGCUGAACGGAUGAUACUUGAGGAAUUCGGACGAUGUUUGAUGAGCGUCAUCAACUCUGCAGGAAAAGCAAAAAGUGACCCUUGUGCCAUGAAUUGCUAAUUCUUGCACAAAAGAAUGAUAAAUGGAACUGUACAGAAAAUUUAAGGUGCAGGGACACUUGAUUUUCUGAAAGAUAGUUUAACAAUUAUUGUAUUUUUACUUCAGUUCUUGUGAGACCUGGAAUUAUAAUAUUGAAAGAAGAAAUUUUAAAUGAGGAAAUUAGUAUAUUUUAAACCUUAGUUAAGUUUGCUUAUGCCCCUUCUAAAUUGAAUUUUUCUUUAUUGUAUUAUAUAGAUUUUUAAUUUGCUUGGGUUUAAGAAUUAGAUAUUCUGUCCUUCUGACUCUAUUGACAAAGAACAUUUAUAAAUUACUAUAAUUUAUAACGUAUGGCGUUGUAUGACUUUGUUCAGUAGAAAAAGCCAAAGAAGCAUUGGUAUUACCCAGUCAUUCUUUGGUACUAGACCUAGAAUAUAAUAAGCAGAGAGAAUGUCUACAUAAACAAAUUCUUAUGAAACAAAUUCAAAUGAUAUUUCGUGUUUAGAAAAGCACUAUCUUUUUAAGAAAAAUCAACUUUUUAAGGCAGAUUCUGGAAUAACAUCCUGUUAUCACUUUGGGAAUGUCAGAAGAGGAAGAAAUCAGUAGGCACACAUUUAAAAUAAAGUUUGUUUGUUUUUUUUUUUUUUUUUUAAAGCAUUAAAGGAUAGUAAAUAAUUCUCAAAAGAUGGGCAAUGUGUUUUUAUAAUGAGUGAUUAAGAAACGCUCUGGGAUGUUUCCAUUUUCUUUCAAGGAAGUGGUAUGUAUUUGAAAUGAUAAUAAAUUGUCAGUGUGAUUACUGGGCACUAUUAAAAUGAAAGGUGCGUAUAAAUAUAAGUAAACAUUAUGUAGUGAUAAAAUAGAAACUUAUAUAAUUAUCAGGUGUCAAAUUUGGCUUGGAUGGAGAAAUACUAUUGGAACUCUUAAGAGAUGAAUUUAGGGAAGGAUUCUUCAUCUAUACAAAUAGUUCUCUUUAUAGACUUUGAACCGAGAGGUUUCAAACCAAUAUAUGAUUUACUUGAUUUACUGAAAUGGGCCUCCUAGCAAAGUUUUCAAAAUGUAGUGGGAUGUUUUUUAUAAGGGAACCUUAAUACGGCAUUAUUUUUAGCCAGUGAUUUGGUAAGCUCAAAAUAUGAGUGUUUUCAUGUAAUACUGAAAUAACCUAAAUCAUUUUGAGAAAUUCAAAAGCUUUAUGAAUUUAAGAGCCUGUUAUAAUAGGAUGCUAGAUUUUAUGACAAGAGAAAACCAUGUUGGAAUUCAGGCAUUUUGUUAGGUACCAUAAUCCUCAGUAAUUAUUAGUAUGUGAUUAUUACAUUUCCUACAAGGAAUCUAUAGUUGUAUGUACUAAGUGUGUAUAUAUGUUCAUAUGAACAUGCAAGAUAUAGGCAAUAGAAAUGAAUCCAAAAGAAGAUUCCGUUAUUAAAGUAUCUUCCUUUUGAAAUUUGGAUUUAUAAAAUUAUAGUGCAGUACACUUUAAAUGUAGAUAGUGUAUUCUUAGCACCUCAGUCUAGUAUGUUUAAUUAAAAUUUGUAUAAAUGUAAAUUAGUGUAAGAGGAUAAAAUAAUAUCUAAUCAAGUUAUUUUUCAAAAGAUUACAAUACCUUUUUGGUCUAAACCUAAACUCUGUUCAUUUUGUACAUAUUCUGUGUUUAAUUCUAAUUGCACCUUUGUGAUGUGUAUUUAUAUACAGUGUGCAGAAAAUGUUUGUGAAAUUUGGAUUACAAUUAUAGAUUAUGUAUAACGGCAUUGCUUGAGAAUGUUUUGCUUGUAAAAAUUUGAAGGUGCAAUCAAAUGCUACUAGGUUUUUUGAUUUUCAAGAAGCUAAAGUAUUAAGCCUUUUCCUUUGUGUGUAGUACUUACUAAACAACUUUUUGUAUUUAGGCAUUUGCAUCAAAUUGCUGAACAAGAUUAAUAUCCACAUUAAUUCAACAAUUUUAAAAGACUAUUGGGGGGUUGGGUAUAUAAUUUUUUAGCUCUAUUUACAUCCCAAAGUAGAAAGAUUAAAUUUAUAUUUACUAGAGCUAUUCAAAGAAUACACUUUUCUAUAUUGUAAAAACAGGACAGCAAAGUAAAUCAUACAAAAAAUAAACAUUUAUACUAUUCUAUAAAAAAGGGUUUUGCACUUUUUUUUAAUAACACUUUUAGCCAUUUAACAUGCAAGAAACCUUUAAAAUACUUGAUUUUAAGUAAAUUAACAUUACUUCUGAAAGCACACAGAUAAACCCAUCUUUUUACCCAAUUAUCAUUAACAUAAAUUGCUUUGAAACAAGAUCUUCCUCCACCCACCCCAGCCCCAGCCCCCUGCCACUGUUUAAGGGCAGAAAAAUCUACUCUUUCCUUUUUUAUAAUGUUUGAUGUUUAUGAUGAGCACCCUUCUGAGUUUCCUUUUCUCUCAAACUAAAAGCAACUUACAGGUCUUGGCUUUGGAUCUUAUGGGAGCCAGAACCUUAAUGUUACAGGUAAUAAAACACUUAGAACAGCAACUUUGAAGAGACUACUGCUUUAGCUUCCUCAUACUUUGAUAUGGACAAGUGACAUUUUCUCAAUUCUUAUGUAAAAAUGUGAAUAAAAAUACCUUUAGAAAAGUC